AGGGCACAGAGCUAAUUUCUGUCCCUGGGCCGAGCCCCGUUUCUUUCUCUCCCCCCCCACCCUUGGCUUCUUCUCACACGGACACGCUCGCUUGCUCCCUUUUCCUCUCUGCUGCCUCCUCGCCACCCGCUUUCCUUGUCUUCCCGGUUUUGGGAAGAGCGUCCAUCCGUCGAAAGGAUACCUGAGCUACAAGCACAUACAUCUCUCUUCCUCUCUCCUGACAAGGAUUUAUUUAUUCAGAGGUUCGGAAGGUGGGAAGCUAAACCCGGCACACAAAAGACCUUUCGCUUUGCCUCCCGAGCGGCUGCCGGCAGUUCAAGCAGCUGCCAACAUCUGUACCCUGGAUUAGUGGCGAGCGCCGAGCGAUCUCGGAGGGCAAGGGCGUCUUGCGACCCCUCACACACACACACACACACACACACACCCCACUCCCUGCACAGGCAGGCGAAGGAAGCUCCUGAUUCAUGGCUCGCGGGAAAGCCAAGGACGGGGAUGGCAACUGGAAGAAAUUCAUCUGGAACUCGGAGAAGAAGGAAUUUUUAGGGAGGACCGGCGGCAGUUGGUUUAAGAUCCUCCUCUUCUACGUGAUCUUCUAUGGCUGCCUGGCAGGCAUCUUCAUUGGGACCAUUCAAGUCAUGCUGCUCACUGUCAGUGAAUUCCAGCCCAAGUAUCAGGACCGAGUAGCACCCCCAGGAUUGACAAAUCUUCCCCGAGCCAGUAAAAUGGAGAUUUCUUUCAACCCUUCUGAUCCAAAAUCAUACAGUCCACAUGUAACCCAAAUAGAAAAUUUAUUAAAGCAUUAUGAGAGUGCUAAUCAGCAAGACAUCAAUUUUGAGAAUUGUGGCAAUGAACCUUCUCCUCCCAGAGACAGAGGACCUUUCGACGGCUCUCAAGGUGUUUUGCCAUCUUGCAAGUUCUUUCGCAGUUGGCUGGGAAAUUGCUCAGGCAUAGACGAUCCUAAUUUUGGUUAUGAAGAUGGAAAACCAUGUAUCGUCAUCAAACUCAACAGAGUCCUGGGUUACAUACCUAAGCUUCCACAAAAUGAUACCAUCUCACCUGAGCUGCUGGCAAAAUAUAAUCCCAAUGUCCUUCCCAUUCAUUGCACUGCUAAGAAACCAGAAGAUUUGAACAAAAUUGGCCCUGUGGAAUACUAUGGUUUUGGUGGCUUUGCUGGCUUUCCUCUACAAUACUACCCAUAUUAUGGCAAGCUCAUUCAGCCAAAAUACCUUCAACCCCUUGUAGCAGUACAGUUCACUAAUCUGACUACUGAUAUGGAGCUGCGUAUCGAGUGCAAGGCCUAUGGUCAAAAUAUUGGCUACAGUGACAAAGAUCGUUUCCAGGGACGUUUUGAUAUGAAAAUGCUGAUAAAAAGCAGCUGAUCACAAGCAGUUUGUUUUUUGUUUUUUCCUCUUAGCCAUUUAAAAAGUAUAAAAAGAGACAAAACUACUAGUCUUGAACAAAACUCAUACAUAUGGGACCUACACAUAAUCUGUAUGCUUUACACUAGCUUUCUGCAUUUAAAUAGAUUAGAAUGUAAACCUAAAAGUGUAGCAAUAGUGACAGAUAUUUAUUCUAUUGUAAAUGAUGAAAAACAGAAUUGAGCCUUGGGAUACGCCCAUUUCUACUGUAAAUUAUGAUUCCAUAACUGACUUGUAGUAAGCAGUGUUUCUGCCCCCUAAGUAUUGCUGCCAUGUGAAUUUUAUUUAGUGUACAGUACUUUAGGUGCAUUAUUCUGGUCAUUUUUCAAGCCAUGUAUUGUACUGUUUUCUACUUUCUGUGAGCACAGAUUUGCUGCACAAGGUGUAAAUACUCAGUGGGAUUAAAACUGGCACAGUACUUUUUUUCAUUUUUUAAAGAUUUUUUUUUAUCCUGCCUUUUUUUUCAUAUACAACUCAAGGCAGCAAACAUACCUAAUACUCCUUGCUCCUAUUUUCCCCACAACAACAUCCCUAUGAUAUGAAUUGGAUUGAGAGUACGACUGACCCAGUCACCCUUCCAGUUUUCAUGCCUAAAGUGGGACUAGAACUCACAGCCCUCUGACUUCUAGAUCAAAACCUUAACAUCAAACAGGCUCUUUUGUUUUGAAAAGCUAAAGGCCCAUCUGCGAUUAUUCAGUAGCACUCCAUGAAGCCUCCCCCAACUUCUAUUCCUUAGUAGUUACUAAAUUUAGUGUGGUGGCAGGGAAAAAUUACUUUAUCUUUGUAACAAAGCUAUGGAGAAUAAGUGAUUAUGUACUGUGCUUUGUAGCAAUUGGUGUCUUUUUCUUUCUCUUUCAUCCUAUGUUUUAAAAUUGUGUGUAGACCUAUGUCAGCCUAUCAAUUUCACUAGUGAUAGGAAUAAUUAUUUUGCUUUGUAUAUUCUCUUCUUUUCCUGUGAGAAGCAUCACAUGCUGUGGUGCUGUCUUUAUUGAAUGUUUUAACCAUUUUCAUGGUGAAAGAAUUUUAUAUUUAUGCAGUUGUACAAUUUUUUUUUUCUGCAAGAAAAAGG